AGAUCAUUUCCCAUGGUGGUGAGAGCUGGGAUGAAAAUAAAACAGCGUGGCAGGGAGGAGGCAAGUGUUGUGAGUCUGGAGGGUUCCUGGAGAAUGGGGCCUGAGGCGUGACCACCUCCUUCCUCUCUGGAGGGACUGGCUGCCGCCCCCGUAGACACCCAUGGUUGAGUGCCCUCCAGGCCCCUGCCUGCCCCAGCAUCCCCUGCGCGAAGCUGGGUGCCCCGGAGAGUCUGACCACCAUGCCAUCUCCUUGCCUCCUCUUCUUCCUCCUCUUCCUCACCCCCAUGGAAGUCAGGCCCCAGGAACCUCUAGUGGUGAAGGUGGAAGAGGGAGAUAAUGCUGUGCUGCAGUGCCACAAGGGGACCUCAGAUGGUCCCACUCAGCAGCUGACCUGGUGUCGGGAGUCCCCGCUUAAACCCUUCUUAAAUCUCAGCCUGGGGCUGCCAGGCCUGGGAAUCCACAUGAGGCCCCUGGCCAUCUGGCUUUUCAUCUUCAACGUCUCUCACCAGAUGGGAGGCUUCUACCUGUGCCAGCCAGGGCCCCCCUCUGAGAAGGCCUGGCGGCCUGGCUGGACAGUCAAUGUGGAGGGCAGCGGGGAGCUGUUCCGCUGGAAUGUUUCGGACCUAGGUGGCCUGGGCUGUGGCCUGAAGAACAGGUCCUCAGAGGACCCCAGCUCCCCUUCCGGGAAGCUCAUGAACCCCCAGCUGUAUGUGUGGGACAAAGACCGCCCUAAGGUCUGGGAGGGAGAGCCUCCGUGUGGCCCACCGAGGGACAGCCUGAACCAGAGCCUCAGCCAGGACCUCACCAUGGCCCCUGGCUCCACACUCUGGCUGUCCUGUGGGGUACCCCCUGACUCUGUGUCCAGGGGCCCCCUCUCUUGGACCCAUGUGCACCCCAAGUGGCCUAAGUCCUCAAUGCUGAGCCUAGAGCUGAAGGAUGAUCACCCUGCCAGAGAUAUGUGGGUAAUGGAGACGGAUCUGUUGUUGCCCCGGGCCACAGCUCAAGACGCUGGAAAGUAUUAUUGUCACCGUGGCAACCUGACCAGGUCAUUCCACCUGGAGAUCACUGCUCGGCCAGUACUAUGGCACUGGCUGCUGAGGACUGGUGGCUGGAAGGUCUCAGCUGUGACUUUGGCUUAUCUGAUCUUCUGCUUGUGUUCCCUUGUGGGCAUUCUUCAUCUUCAAAGAGCCCUGGUCCUGAGGAGGAAAAGAAAGCGAAUGACUGACCCCACCAGGAGGUUCUUCAAAGUGACGCCUCCCCCAGGAAGCGGGCCCCAGAACCAGUACGGGAACGUGCUAUCUCUCCCCACACCCACCUCAGGCCUCGGACGCGCCCAGCGUUGGGCCGCAGGCCUGGGGGGCACCGCUGCGUCUUAUGGAAACCCGAGCAGCGACGUCCAGGCGGAUGGAGCCGUGGGGUCCCGGAGCCCGCCGGGAGUGGGCCCAGAAGAAGAGGAAGGGGAGGGCUAUGAGGAGCCUGACAGUGAGGAGGGCUCCGAGUUCUAUGAGAACGACUCCAACCGUGGGCAGGAACAGCUCUCCCAGGAUGGCAGUGGCUACGAGAACCCUGAGGACGAGCCCCUGGGUCCUGAGGACGAAGACUCCUUCUCCAGCGCUGAGUCUUACGAGAACGAGGAUGAAGAGCUGACCCAGCCGGUUGCCAGGACAAUGGACUUCCUGAGUCCUCAUGGGUCAGCCUGGGACCCCAGCCGGGAAGCAACCUCCCUGGCAGGGUCCCAGUCCUAUGAGGAUAUGAGAGGAAUCCUGUAUGCAGCCCCCCAGCUCCGCUCCAUUCGGGGCCAGCCUGGACCCAAUCAUGAGGAAGAUGCAGACUCUUAUGAGAACAUGGAUAAUCCCGAUGGGCCAGACCCAGCCUGGGGAGGAGGGGGCUGUGUAGGCACCUGGAGCACCAGGUGAUCCCAGCCUGGAUCUCCUCAAGUCCCCAAGAUCCACACCUGACUCUGAAAUCUGAAGACCUCGAGCAUAUGAUGCCAACCUCUGGAGCAAUGUUGCUUAGGAUGUGUGCAUGUGUGUACGUGUGUGUGUGUGUUUGUAUACAUGCCAGUGAUACUUCCAGUCCCUUUUGUAUUCCUUAAAUAAACUCAAUGAGCUCUUCCAA